UACACAAACAAGUCUGCGUUAUGCUUCAUUCUCCUUAUCUGUACGCGUUCGUAUUUCCUGUAAAUAUCGCCACAAUGUUGCAAACUGGAAACAAUCCAUUAGAAAAAAGGUGGUCGAGUUUCUGCUCGUCUUGCAAAUCCGAUAUGCAAUCCUUUUUGAGUAUCGGUAUGCCAUCGUACCUUGAUAAAUCUCUCUCCAGUAUAUCAAAUGAUUUACAAGACGCUUUGCAGAGUCAUGUGCCAAGUCGAGUUACAAACAAUGAAAACAUAACGAUACAAUCGACAUACGAAUUGGAAAUACACAAUCGGGACGAGUCUUCGGCUUACUUAUUAGAAGACUCGAAAUGGGAUAAGAACAAGGAUAAUGGAAACAAUUUGUUAGAGGAAACCUGGCCAAGUUUCUGCUCGUCCUGCAAAUCCGAUAUGCAAUCCUUUUUGAGUAUCGGCGUGCCAUCGUACCUUGAUAAAUCUUUCUCCAGUACAUCAAAUGAUCUACAAGACGCUUUGCAGAAUCAAGUGCCAAGUCGAGUCGCAAAUAAUGAAAACAAAACGAUGCAAUUGUCAUACAAUCGGGAUGAGUCUCUGGUUUACUUAUUAGAAGAUCCGAAGUGGAAUAAGGAUGCGUUACUCAAUAAUUUGCAGAUGAAGUCUUCGCAAUUCUCGUUGAAACAUUCUAACGAGUCUUUUAACGAUACAGAAGAUCAGAUAAAGGCUGACGAAGAAAAUAUGUUUACGAAUGUAACAUUUACAACAUAUAAGACGCAAAAAUUAAAUGAUAUUACACUCAAGCAACUGUAUGGUUUUAUAAAUUUGAAAAAUCAUAGAGAAGUCGUCAUUGAUUUUCAAAACACAUGCCGAAAGCUGUUUGAAAAUUUAAAAUUACUCAACUCCUUUAAAUCUUGUGAUUUUAACAUGCAAGAAAUAAGAUCUUUUCAACAAGCCAAAUCUGCAGUUAACAUGCAGAGUUUGGACAGAUGGAAAGAGAUACGCAAUAUAAUAUUACGAAAAAGUAAAAGUCAGGUCGCGAUUGCUUCCAAAACAUUCGUUGAUUCUGAAGUAAUGGAAACUGAUCUCAGAAAUGGUCGAAGAAGUGUGUAUAAAUUGGCUAUUCAAGUGGCGAAACUGAGAAUUGCAUUUUUUAGUACAUACAUCCGAAAUAUACAUAAAAAAUUUUUGUUAGAAAAGGAGAAUAUGGACAUUGUAAGUACAUAUAAAGAUAGUGCCAAAAAACAAGGGUUUUUUAAGAACAAUGCAGUUAAAUCUUGUGAUCAUAAAAUUCCUCAAAAUUUAUCUAUGUAUAGUUAUAACCCAUUACGGAUAAAGGAAGCAGUAAAUAAGUAAUAGAUCGUAUAAUAAUAGAAAAAUUUUUCAUUAGAA